AGAAACCCCCCUCUCAACUUAACCGUUCUGUCUCUCCGCCCCACACCUCUCGCUUUCUCUCGUCCCACAUCUCGGAGUAGAGGCCAAGAUGACGUUCCUUCCCUCCUCCGACCGGAAGCACCGGCGGAGCCCGAGGGUCCCCCUCCUCCCGCAGAAGCACGCCGCCACCGAGGAGCCGAUGGAGGCGGGCUUCGACGGCGCUUCGUUCUCGGGCGCCGUGUUCAACCUCUCCACCACCAUCGUCGGCGCCGGGAUCAUGGCCCUGCCGGCCACGCUGAAGCAGCUGGGGCUGAUCCCGGGGCUGGCGAUGAUAGCGCUCGGGGCCGUGCUGACGAACACCUCGAUCGACAUGAUGCUGAAGUUCAGCCGGGCCUCCAAGUCCUCCACCUACUCCGCCGCAGCCGCCGACGCGUACGGCGGGGGCGGGAGGGCUCUGCUGCAGUCCUGCAUCGUCGUCAACAACCUCGGGAUGCUCGUCGUAUACAUGAUCAUCAUAGGAGACGUGUUAUCGGGGACGUGGUCAAACUGGGCCCACCACACAGGGGUAAUGGAGGAAUGGCUUGGUCAACACUGGUGGACCUCACGCGCUUUCUUGCUGCUGUCCACCACGCUCCUCGUCUUCGCUCCUCUCAUCUCUUUCAAACGAGUUGAUUCAUUGAGAUACACGUCGGCCUUGUCGGUCGGUCUGGCUGUGGUAUUUGUUGCAAUCACUGCCGGAGUAGCUAUGGUUAAGCUGGCAAAUGGAAGCAUAACAAGGCCACGUUUGAUGCCCGAGCUUGUCGAUCAGACAUCGUUUUGGAAGCUGUUCACGACUUUUCCUGUUCUGGUCACUGCUUAUAUUUGUCACCAUAAUGUACACCCAAUAGAGAAUGAACUGAAAGACCCAAUGCAGAUGAAGUCAAUAGUACGUUCAUCACUGAUACUAUGCUCAUCUGUCUACGUCGCAACCAGCUUCUUCGGGUUUCUUCUCUUUGGGGAUCAGACUCUGGAUGAUGUACUAGCAAAUUUUGAUGGGGAUCUAGGAAUUCCUUACAGCAUGAUGCUCAACGAUAUAGUGAGAAUGAGUUACGGAAUCCACCUCAUGCUUGUUUUCCCAAUUGUGUUUUUCUCACUUCGGCUCAAUCUGGAUGGCCUUCUUUUUCCCUGUGCAAAAAUUCCCAUCAACUUCGACAACAGGAGAUUUUAUUCAGUGACAGCAGCACUAAUGGGUAUUAUAUUUCUGGGAGCAAACUUUGUGCCCAGCAUCUGGGAUGCAUUUCAAGUUACAGGCGCCACCGCAGCAACCUCUGUUGGGUUCAUAUUUCCAUCUGCAAUCGCUCUUAGGGAUACUCAUGGGAUUGCAACAAAGAAAGACAAAGUGCUGUCAUGGAUCAUGAUCUUGCUGGCUGUAUCAUCGAGCACAGUGGCACUCUCGAGCGACGUCUAUAGCUUUUUUAACAGUGACGAAGGAGUUGGAAGCUGACAAGAAAUGAGGGGAUCGGUUUGCCUUUUCUCAAGUGACAUGGAACUUCGCUCUCAGACAUCGAAAUCAACUGAUUGACACAGGGACAGGAGGAGGAAGAGGAUGCAUCCAAUAGCUUGAUUCAGCUGCCCAAAGGCGAAGAGCUAAUUCGCACGUCCAUACUACUUUCACAUUCCCUUGCCGUUUUGUGCAUAUGAAACAGUGACCUCUCUUACCAUUCUUAAAAUUGAAGAGUGAGGAUAUACGACACAACGCACGUCAAGAGUUCAGACGUUAAAAGAUGUAAUUUUUGCAGGUCUUGCUACAAGUUCGAGUCUUGUCUUAGUGGGAGAGUGUGAAUUCAAAGAGACUGGGUAGUGGCAACCAUGAACUGGGGCAGAGAUGAAACUUGGGCUUGGAUUGUGGUCCGAGAAAAAUUACUUGUUGGCCCAUACACUUUGGCAAUUGGAUCAAAUUUCAAUCAACUUCUUAUAUA